AUGAAAACUGCAGCUGUCUCUCCACGCCAUAAGCUAUCCAGAUGGCAAACACCUCACUUUACCAACCGCUUGACCCAACCCGAGAAGAAUUUCGACUUCUUCGCAUACAUCCCACAAACAUCCCGCAAAGCAUCAUCUCGUGCCAGCUCUUCACUGUCAGCCUUGUUGAAGAACCAUCAUACAAGGCUCUAUCCUAUGAAUGGGGCCAAAGGGACAUCACCAAACCCAUUAUAGUCAAUGGUAUCAGAGUCCAGGUUACCCACAACCUCGAAGCCGCACUACAGCGCAUCCGUCAGUCCGAAUCAGAAGUCAUCCUAUGGGUCGACGCAGUGUGCAUCAACCAGCAAGAUCUUGAUGAAAGGAGUACCCAGGUGGCCAUGAUGAGCAGACUGUAUUCCAAGACCACGCUUACUUACGCAUGGCUGGGUGAAGAUGACGACGGUAGCGCUGAACGCACAUUUUCCCUCAUCCGCGGUUUCGUCGGGGAUUUUACCGAGCGUGUUGAGGACAUUGAUCAAUUCACUAUCAAAUUCGGUAAGGGCCAGUGCGACCAAAUGUUCUUUUGCCUCCAGGAUUACGUUGCCCAGAAUCUUCGGGACGGUAAAUCGGCCUUGGUCAUGUCUGAUAUUCUAGAUAUGAAUUUGGUAUUUUCUAGAUCAUACUGGUAUAGGACUUGGGUUCAUCAAGAGCUCGUUCUUCCACCCAAAGUAUCAAUGCUUUCCGGCUCGGUGUCUAUAUCAUUCAAUAUGAUGAUGGUUUUCGGGGACAUAAUCAACUGGAUUGGAGUGCAUGCCCAUGGGGGAUGGAAAGCAAGAAUCUUCCCCACAACUUCUCCUCAGUUGCUACGGACCUCUGGGUGUGUAGUAGAUACCGUCCAAUCAGUCGUCCAGUUCUCGACUCCUCAACAGACGACAGACGCUUUACUUGAUUUCAUCGUGUCCAAUAUCACCAUGUCUCAUCCCACGGGUACUACCUUUCUCCAAGCACUUUGCUGUAGUAUCCUCGGAUAUUGCUCCGUCGAUGGAUUUCAAUACCAAAUUUCCAUGUAUGACAUCCGUACGUUUUUGCACUGGAUACUAGACUGUAGGAAGGAAAAACCCUUGUUGCAUGGGCGAUUCCAGGCUUUUGUUGAACAAAACAAUCUCAUGGCCCUCUUUGAAUCUGUUCCAGACGAAAUCUCGAUGAGCUUGCGAUUUGCGGCAGUUACCGGAGCCAUCGAUCAUCUGCUUGAGCCAUACAAGGACGCUAAAGACCAUAGUGCUUUCCUUGCAAUGACCCCACAACAACGUAUGGCGCCUUUUUGGGGAUCUGAAUCAUACCCUGACACUUUCCAAGCAGAUAUAGAAUGGAAAAUUCCUUCAAAAUGCGUCAACCUUGAGCCUAUGAGGCGAAGGAUCAGGGGCUGGGCCUAUAGUAAAAGCUUAAUAGUCACGGAGAAGGGCUACAUAGGCUUUGCAACCCGUGGUGUUUUGGUAGCGGACGAUAUCUGCAUUGUCGCGGGAUGCCCAUACCCCACUAUCGUACGGCCGUCAGGUGGCCGUCAUCAAGUCGUUGGCGGUGGCUUCAUCUUUGGGUUGAUGGAUGGAGAGCUAUUCAGAGACGGAUACUUGACGGACGAUAGUCAGCAGACCUUUGAGUUUGUUUGA